CCCUCCGCGCACUCACCCUGAGGUACCUCCUCCAUUCGGCUGCCUCCGACGUCUCCGCGGCCACCGGAACCAGCCCUUACGUGUUUCCGUCUCCUGGGGCCCAAGCUGGCUCUCCAGCUGCGCGAAGUCAGUCUCGGUCACACAGCUCCUAGUGAGGGAACCAGAGGGAUGAACCUGGAUUGUGGGGCUCCCAAGCCUGCACUGUCAUCCGUUACACGUGGUGCCAAGUGUCUCCAUACAAGGUGCUGAUGCCACCAAACUGCCCUGAUUCCUGUCGUCCUGGCACCCAGCCUGGUUGGCACAGCGGAUAAUGAAGCAGCCAGCCUGAAAUGAGCAAGAGCCCAGUGAAGCCCCGCUCCCCCAGCCUUUAUGACAACAGUGCCCGAGUCAUAGAGCUCUGGCCCAUCCCUAGGAGAAGAUCCUUCCCCUUCCUGCCGUGCCUUGGCCCCUCAGAGUUUUGCCCAAGGGCAGCUGAUGGGGGAGAAUGGAAUUUCUUGGAACCACUCAGACCACCAAUUACUGUGGCCCCAAGAAAGCCUGUGGCUUCAGUGCGCUGCCCCCGGCCGCGCCGGCCUCGGAGAUCCAGGAAUGUUACCAGCCCUAUUACCUGCCUGGGUCCCGCUACCUCAACUCAUGGGGACCCAGCCUCUUCUACAAGAUCUCCAAUGCCCAGACCUGCAUGGAUGAGGGAGCAACGUGCCGCAGCGCCCUGAGGCCGCCCACCAUCCUGCCAGCACUCCGCUCAGCCCUCUUCUGUCGCUACAGCCCCCACGACUGGGACAGGUCCAACGAGCUGCAGAUGCGCGGGGCCGAGGCCUCUCGGCUGUGGGCCAGCCGACUGACCGGCGACUCCAUGAGGCUCAUGCAGGACAAGGACCAGCUGACCCGCCAGAUGCAGGAGGGGACCAGCCGGAACCUGGGCCAGAGGCUGUCGGACAUCGGCUUCUGGAAGUCCGAGCUGGGCUAUGAGCUGGAGAGGCUUCUGAAGGAGAACCACAGCUUGGAGACAGUCAAGAGGCAGCUGGAGUGUGCGGCCGAGGAGCUCAACUGUCCGCUGCAGGUGGCUCUGGAGUGUCUGUACCAUCGAGAGAAAAGGAUUGGGAUUGAUUUGGUCCAUGACAACGUGGAGAAAAACCUUAUCCGGGAAGUAGAUUUACUAAAAUGUUACCAAGAACAGAUGAGAAAACUAGCUCAAAGAAUUGAUAUCCAGAUGCGCGAUAACCGAGACGCUCAGCAUGCUCUGGAGAGGGACUUUGAGGACAAAACCUCGGCCCAGUUUAUCGAUGAACAGUGCUUUAACCUGAGGAACACGUCAGACUGCAUCAGCUUCUUCCACGGCAUGGAGAAAGUCGAUGGCACGAUCUCUGUGCCCGAGACCUGGGCCAAGUUCAGUAGUGACAACAUCAGGCACUCGCAGAACAUGCGGGCCAACUCCAUCCGGCUGCGCGAGGAGGCUGAGAACCUCUUUGAGAACUUGUCGGAUCAAAUGUGGAAGCAGUUUACCCACACCAGCCUGGCCUUCAGCGCCCGCAUCUCCGAGGUGACAGAUGCAAAGAACAAGCUACAGACACAGCUGGCGAAGACACUGCAGGAGAUCUUCCAGGCAGAGAAUACCAUCAUGCUUCUGGAAAGGUCCAUCAUGGCCAAGGAGUGCCCACUGAAGGUGGCACAGACGAGGCUGGAGUGCCGGACCCGGCGCCCCAAUGUGGAGCUGUGCAGGGACAUCCCACAGUUCAAGCUGGUGAAUGAGGUGUUCACCAUCGACGACACCUUGCAGACCCUCAAGCUGAGACUGCGGGAGACACAGGACACACUGCAGCUGCUGGUAAUGACCAAGCGCCGGCUGGAGCACGAGCUGGCCAUCAAGGCCAACACACUCUGCAUCGACAAGAAGUGCAUGAGCAUGCGCAAGACCUUCCCCUGCACGCCGCGCCUAGUGGGCUACACCUGAGCCACUGCCGCCGGCCCCUGGCGUCCUGCUCCGCGCCUGUUCCGUGUGCAGCAUAAACAUUGGAAAGGCAGAAAAACAAAACAAAGUGUCACUUUCUCCUUUUCCUCCUAUCACGAUAAAAACCCCCAAAUUAUAUAAAUAUAUAUAUAUUCAGAGCCAA